AGGACGCUGAUGCAUCAGCUAAAAAGGCUGAAGUGGCAAGAAAGCGUGCAGAGGAUAUAGCUGCAGGGGUAGUGCAGAUGAAUGGUCGUGAACUUUUCCAGCACGAGCCAUGGGUGUUUGAUAAUUCCCUUUACUGAUGCUGUUUUCCAGUAUAAGUAUCUUCUAAUUAUGUCCGACUCAUAUUUUCUAUAAACGUUGUAAGAAAAGAUGAAAUUGUAUAUUGUUGUUUAGUGCAAGGACAUCACGAGUUGCUCGAAUCGAGUCUUAAGCUGUUUUCUGUAGGAUUUUUAUCAGGUAAUUAUGAGGGGAAUCUGUCCUCUUGCAUUUUUAGGUACAAGUGUCGUUUUGCUAAACAGAAAACCACGAUAUUGUCGUGAAUUUGCGUCUAAAUGAUACUAAUUAGUAAUAGUAAUAGAUUG